GUCUGUCUGUCGCGAAACGUCAUUCAGCUAGACCUGCAGCUUCGCCGUCCUCCAACCCCAACGCCUGCAGCAAUGAGCUCUUGCGCUUUCAUCGAGAGAAGGAUAAGGAUACUGUCAGCCUCAGCACCAGCGUCAGCCCCAGCGUCGGCGUGAGGGUCAUGACGAGGGCGCCGCUGAGCCGCUCGAUCCCACGGCUCCAGACACCCACCCAACACCUUCGCAAUCGCAUAUCUGCUGACCAGCUCCCCGCGCGCAAUGUCUCGACCGCGAACCGUUCCAGGAACAACACAUCAAAACCGGCCAACGCGGUAGACAAACAGCAGCAAGCUGCCACAAGCAAACAUGUUUCUGAUCAUGGCUCGGUGGAAAACUACAGCAAGACCAUGUUCAUGGGACGGCCUCUGUCUCGGCCUGCUGACCCAGCAACCGGCGUCGUUCCUGGUGCCCAUGUCAUAACCGUGGCGAAGAAAUAUGACAUCGGCUUCCCAGCCCAACUAAGGCGCUUGGCCUUUCGGCUCAAAUCCAACCUGUGCAAUAUUCAGGCACAGUACGGUAACCGCCAUCUAUUUGAGAGACUAGAUAUGAAAUGGCUUGAUACUCUGGAACACCCCUUUGCAGGAUCCGUUCUGGAGCGUUGCAUAGAGUGGUCUGAUGGCACUCGACCCCUCUGGUGGAGCGUCAAUGCUUACGGAAACGUCGCCCCCUUUGUCUGCACCACGGCCCAGCGUCGACUGAGCCGCGGGAUCAGGCUUGCCCUCGAGGAGAAGGGGUACGAUCGCUUUGGCAGAAGACUGGUUGAGUACGGGCAGACUCCCCGAUCAGACGACCCGUUGACCCUUUUCGGAACCCUCAGGGUCCAAUGCCCCAAGCCAAAGGACUUUUGUCAUCUCACUUCACCCGACAUCUUGGUAAUAGGGAGAGCCAUUGUCAAGGAAGCCAUGGCAGAGCUCGUCGGACAGGCUCAUCAGACUCGUGAAGGGAGUGAUAGCCGGAAACCGCGAGCAAGACGUGAAACCCAACAUAGCAAGGAUGUUAGUUUCCAACACCGUCAGCGAAAGCCGCGGAAUUGAGCCGAGCUGGCGCACAUAUUGUUUAUUUAGUGCUCGAAAGCUGGCGAGUUGCUGGUAAUGUACCACAUGACAACUCGCUCGGGGGAUGUGAGACAAAAGUGUAUAUCUACGUGUUACAUACUCUACUUGACAACUCGGUUGAUACCGAUACCCACUUUAUUGCGAUGGACUGUAAUUUGGUCCAACACCCAACGAAAACCUGGCACAAACGCGUGUCUAUGUUUGCGUGUGCGUGACCCAUUAUGAUCUUAUCAGCCACCUAUACGUACGACAACUUCUCGAUUCUACAUUCCUCAGCAAACGUGCGAAAAUGAUAGUGCUGUUCUUGUUGUUGAUUUUAAUUGGCUUCCAAGUUGCGGCUCA